AUGCCGUCCCAAGAAGCAUCAAUACCGACUGGAAGCAAGCUGAGACCACUCCGUCGAGUCGGUGGUUUUCGGAGCCUUCAUGACCCAGAACUAACAGCGCAACGAGACUCGACGAAAGUAGACAAACCAACGAUACCUUCAGCUUUGAGAGUUCCAAGUUCUCGUUUUAGUCAGGGCAGUAUGGUUCUUGAUUUUGCCUCAAGCAUGCUUCAAGAUGCUGCUGCCUCUCCUGCCGUUCCACAUACAUUGCAGGUGGCACGUCAGUCCCCAUCUCCACGUCCAAAGCCUCAGUCGCCCCAACCAACAUCGACUCAGAGUGAAAUGGAUAUAGCUAGACAGGUGUCCAUGGUUCGACGCCGCAAAUCGCGACGAGCAGACAAUCAUCGCGCUUGCAUCGUAGGUCCAAGACUGGAAAUGAAGCCUAUGCCAUUACGACGUCACACCAGACGUCUAAGAAAACCACCUCAAAACUUCCCCAAAGUCAAAGCUAAUCGUACAGGCACAAGAAGGCUCCUGAAUUAUAUUUCGUGUCUUGGAAGAAAGCCAGAAGUGCAGCAAAGUCUGCCGACUCUAUCUUCGGUCGACUUCAUCGACAAGGUCACUUCGACUAGUGAUCCAGAGAUGGUUAGAUCCUCUGCACUACCUGUCCAUGCUUCAUCCUCUAGAACCGGAAGUCGACCUUCACGAGCCGCGAAAGAUAAAAAAGAGCUUGUAAAGUCUUCUCCUCAGAAGUCCAAGUCUCAAGGAGCCAUCCUACUUCAAAGAGCUCAAGAAGACAAUCAUGGUUUGAGACUGGAGAUCAUCCGGCUCCAAGAAGAAACUGCUCGUAUAGAGGCUCGCUGCAAGAGGGACAUCACUCGCAUGACAGCGAGACACGACGCAGAAAUAUCUCGCCAUCAGGAGAAUCUUCGGAUGCGAGAAGCGCAGGAAAUGGACCUUGUCAGCAUGGGAAUCCGAGCCGACUUCUUCGAGGGUAACUACAAAGACCGGAUCAGGCAGCUCGAAGCAGCUCUUGUUGAGGAGCGGAAGAAGUCGAGCUAUCAUCUUGCGCACCAUGAGCAUUUCAAGAUGCUGUAUGAAAGGGAAUUUCAAGCUCGGUCGAGUGCGGUUGUUGGACCGGUCACUUCGCCGGUAGUGCCGGCGGAAGACAACCUCUGGGGUGCUUUGCAGGAUAUGCAAGCCAAUUUGGAUCAGAUUAGCUCUCACGUUGAGGCGCUGGAGUCACGAACCCGGACAUGCCAGAACAAAUCUGAAGCUCAAGUCGCUGCAGUUCAUGGGAUGACUUCGAUCCCAGCGAUGUCCAAUGAAGACAACAUCGGGGUGGCUCGGCAGGAUAUCCGGGCCAAUUUCACAGAAGAAGACAGCCCUGGUGAGACCCGUGAGCCACAACAUGAACACUACUCCAAAUCUCGUUCAACCACUCUAGCAGCUUCACGUCGUUGCGUAGACACCGGAACCGCUUCAAUAUCAACUGCAGAAGCUAAUGAGCCUUCGGUCGAGCCUCGCAUCGCAGAUACUUUAAGAUCAACCCCGACAGAGAAGAACAGUAAUGAACUCUGCCUCGUCGCACUCCAUCAAAUCCUCCCGCGUACCUUCACAUCUCAUUCUCAGUCUUCAUCCAGCUUAGCUGGCAGUACUGGGAGGUGGUCCACGGUCGCGGAACAUUCGGGUACCGCCGAGCUGCCUGGCAGUACACCAUUCACGACUCCUGAGCCUGAGCUAAAUACUGGUCUUACCUCUCGGUACGAUGACUAUGGGCCUGACAUUGAGAGCAGGGACGAGAGUGAAGCCGAAGAUCAUGAGCAGGACGUGGCAAACCCGAGCAAACUUUUGGAUCUCUCAAUCAGCAUUUCUACAAUUCCAUACUCUCAACCCACAUACGCAGCAAACUCGAGCUUAUCCCGAUCGCCAUCUCCAUCCCACACCUCGCCCAUCCUCUCCUCUAACAUCCACCGAGUCUCAAUCGUGCCAGCGAUGCGGCAUAGUCGAACUUUCCUUUCGUCUGAAAAUGGCGAUAGUGCUAGUAAUGACUAUGGUGAGGGCUAUAGUGGUGCAGAAAUGUAUCGCAGAGACCUCGAUCAAGCUGUGGAUGACCGGGGUGAGAGAAAGGAUGGAGGCGUGGAUGAUGCAGCCAAAUUGCUGCUCGGGGCCUGGGACUGGGAUGGUGUGCCGAAUUUGGAUUUGGUAGAUUUUAGAAGAGUGUGA